AUGCAGGUUCAUCUGUUUGGUGCAACAUCAUCGCCCAGUUGUGCCGCAUACGCAUUGAAAAAGACAGCUAUCGACAACGGUGAGUUAUUUGAUACAGAGAUAGCAUCAACCGUAGAAAGAAACUUUUAUGUAGACGACCUCUUGAAGUCAGUGGACACGGAAGAAAGGGCCGUUCAGCUUGCAACGGAUUUACGAGAAAUUAUGAAACGUGGUGGAUUCCGAUUAACGAAGUGGUUAAGUAACAGUAAAGUCGUUAUAAACGAAAUACCGAAUUCGGAACGAGCACCUUCAGUUGAAAUUUUGAAGUCAAACACAGCUUUGCCGACCGAUCGCGCACUAGGCGUAAUAUGGGAUGUAAAUGAUGAUGCCAUCAAAUAUAAAGUCAAACUCGAAGAGAAGCCGCUGACAAGACGCGGAAUAACUUCUACAGUAAGUUCGAUAUUUGAUCCACUGGGACUCAUAGCGCCAAUCAUUUUAAAAGGGAAAAUUAUAUUACAAGAACUUAGUAAACAGUCAAUUAAGCUUGGAUGGGACGAUCCUAUACCAAAAGAAAAAGAAGAAGAAUGGAUAAAAUGGAAAUCGACUCUGCCAGAAAUUGAAAAUAUAUCAAUACCUAGAUGCUUCAAGACAAAAGACAUGAAAGAAAUAUCUGAUGCUCAACUUCAUAUAUUUAGCGAUGGUUCUGAAAUUGGUUAUGGAGCAUGCGCUUACUUACGUCUAGUAGACACUAAUGGAAAAGUGAACUGUUCACUUAUUCUGGGGAAAUCUCGUUUAGCGCCAUUAAAACAGACAACAAUUCCCAAUCUAGAGUUAUCAGGUGCCGUUGUUGCAUGCAAACUUUACGAAAUAAUUAGAGACGAAUUAGAGAUUAAGAUUGACAGCGUAGUGUUUUGGACCGAUAGUAUGAUAGUACUUGGAUACAUUAAGAAUGAAUCUCGUCGUUUUAAAACAUUUGUUGCAAACAGAUUGAGCAGCAUUCACGAGUUGACAUCACCAGGUCAGUGGCGAUACGUAGAUACAAGAUCAAAUCCUGCCGACAUAGCAUCUAGAGGCAUUCUUGCAACAGAUAAUAAGCAGAUCAAAUUUUGGCUCCAUGGACCAGAAUUCUUGUUGAAAGACUCGUAUGAAUGGCCGAAACCAAAAGCUGUAUCAACGGUAGACGAGCAAGAUAUUGAGAUCAAAAAGGUUGUUAUGAUUAACUCAACUACAACUGAUUCGAUACGCGAUAUAAUUACAUACUUUUCAAACUGGCAAGUAUUACAACGGACUGUAGCAUGGCUAAUCCGUUUCAAGAAAUAUUGUAUACGUCGUUUCUUAAAACGAGACGAUGAAAUAAAGACAGACAGCUUAGAUGCCGAUGAAUUACAGGAAGCAACAAGGUAUAUAUUGAUACAUGUACAACAAGAAUCAUUCUUAAAUGAAAUCAAAAUGCUUGAAAAGCAAAAUCCUGUUAAGAAAGAUAGUCGUUUAGCAUCUUUAAAUCCUGUUAUGCAUGAUGGGUUAUUGCGCGUCAAGAGACGUCUCAACUUGUCACUAAGCAAAUGUCCGGUCAUUAUACCAAAUUCUCAUCACGUGACCACUUUGAUAAUCAGGUCGUUUCAUGAACAAAAUGGUCAUACAGGAAUGGCACAAGUGCUAGCAUCAUUACGGGAAAAGUAUUGGAUUUUAAAAGGACCUAGUACUGUCCGAACAGUUUUGAACAGGUGUGUAAGAUGUAGACGAUAUCAAGCACCGCUCUGUUUUCAGAAGAUGGCUUCUGUUAUAGACGAUCAGAAAACUCCUGAUAAACCACCAUUUACCUUUGUUGGAAUAGACUACUUUGGUCCAUUAAAUGUUAAAGUUGGACGUUCAGUCGUUAAAAGAUACGGUUGCCUUUUUACAUGUCUGACAACAAGAGCUGUUCACAUAGAAGUAGCUCAUAGUUUGACUACAGAUUCCUUUAUUUCUGCUUUCCAACGUUUUACGAGCAGGCGAGGCAUACCUGAAAAGGUGUAUAGUGAUAACGGGACAAAUCUUGUCAGUGGAGAAUCGGAACUUCGGAAAUAUAUUGAUCAAUGGAACAAAACAAAAAUAUCCAGUUACAUGUCACACAAGGAUAUUAAUUGGACUUUCAAUCCGCCAAACGCUAGUCAUCGUGGUGGUGCAUGGGAAAGAAUGAUUCGUACGACACGCAAAAUUCUCAGAGCUCUUGCAAAUGAACAACUGCUUACCGACGAACAGUUACUUACCUUUAUGGCUGAAGCCGAAAGAAUCGUCAAUGAUAGACCGAUAACAGUAGUCAGUAAUGAUUCUCGAGAUUUGCCAGUUCUCACACCGAAUAUGUUGUUACUUAUGAAAAACAACACUUCAAUACCGCAAGGGGUGUUUGACGAGAAAGAUGUGUAUGCUAAAAGGUGGUGGAAGCAGAUACAAUACUUAGCCAAUGUAUUCUGGAGACAGAAAUAA